AUGAAUCAAGAAGAAAAGAAGAAAAAGAGUUAUGAUGAAAUUCUGUUAAAUCUAUGUUUAACAAAGGAUGAUAAAAUUGAGGCUGUCUUAAACAAACUGGUUCCUCUUUUAAUGGAUGAGAUAUUUAUUUGUGAAGCAAGCUUGAGAAAUAAACUGAUUGAAAUUAUCAGUAAUUGUAUUUUAAGAUGUAAGUCCAUUGAAGGUUUAACCCUUCCAGUGUCAAAUAUGAUAGAAGGAUAUUUUAAAAAUAUUAAUAAAAGUAAUAGUAGUCGUAUUUUAUAUAAUAGUACAUUAAUGAUAUUGUUAGAUAUAUGUUUUAUAAAUAUAUGUGAUGAUGAGAAAAUAAAAUAUCAAAAAUUAAUAAUUGAGAAUAGUGACAAAUUAUGUGUAGAUAAAGAAAUGUGUAUAUUUUUGAUAAUAAAAUUUAUUGAAAGUUUAGAGAUAUUAAAUAAUGGAAGGAAUAAGAAAAUAAUGAGUGAUUAUUUAUAUAAUGAUUAUUCAUAUGAUAUGAAUUAUAAAAUAAUGAAUUUUGUGAAAUAUCUUAAUGAGUUUUUAUUAAUUCCUAUAUAUUGUAAAAAUAUUGAUGAGAUAAAAUUUGUUGAUAUAUAUAUAAAUAAAAUUUAUAAAGAGAAAUUUCUUAAUAAAAAAGGUUAUAAUAUAAAAAAUCAUAUAAAAAUGAAAAAGAAUACAUUAUAUUUCUUGAAUACAUUUAUAAAUAAUUAUAAUUUAACAUAUAGUUCUUAUAUUAUUUGUUCAAAUGAAAAAUAUGAUGAAAUAAAAGAUUAUGCCUUAUCAUUACUUCAAAGUAAAAGGAGAUUUAUCAAUUAUAAUGAUUCAUUUUUUGUUGAGUUAAUUUUUUCUAUAUUCUUAUAUUUUGAUAAUAAUAUAUAUAAUAUAAAUUAUAUUACAACACUUUUGUUAUUAUUCAAGAAUGGUUCUAGAUUAUUAUGUAGUGAGAAGAAUUAUUUGCAUUUAAUAUUGAUGUACAUAUUUUAUUUUCUUUUUUAUUAUGAUAGUAAUAACAUUAAUAUUAAUUUUAAAGAUGAAUUUAAUAAAUUUCAAAAAUUAUUUAAUGAUAAAUCACAAUUUGAACAUUAUAUAUCGAAUAAUGUAUAUUCUACUAUCAGAUUAAAGGAUGAAGAAUUUAUUAAAAAUAUAUUUGAUGUUAUCAUAACCAUAUUAGAUAAUAUUACCAAGUAUGAAUAUAUUGAGGAGUAUAAUAAUUAUAUUUUUCUCUUUAUAUUUAUGUAUUUGAGAAAUUUAAACGAGCACUAUAAUGAUGACAAUAAGGAUUAUAUGAAUAACAUACAUAUAAACAACAACAACAACAACAACAACAACAAUAUUAGUAAUAACAAUAAUAAUAAUAAUAAUAAUAUCACUGUCAAUAAUAGCUCCCUUUAUAUGAAUAAUAUAUAUUCCAAUAUAUAUACUUGUAGCAGUCAAUUAUCUUGUUUAAUAGAAAAAUUUUUUGAAUUAAACAUUAAAUAUGAUAAUAUAAAUACAAUAGUUUUAAACAAAUCUUUUAUAUUAACAUAUAUUUAUUUUGAUAAGCUAAGGAAAUAUAAAAAAUGUGAUAAAGAUUCUUAUAUAUUAUAUAAUAAUAUUAUAAAAGUUUUAGACAUAUUGGAAAAGUACUAUAAGCAUAUCUUAAAAUUAAAUAUGAACAAAUUUUAUAUUGCAUAUAAGAAAGUAGAAACUAUAAAUGAAUUACAUAAUAUGAUGGAAUAUUUAAUAUUAAGUGAAAUAAGUGAUAAAAAAGAAAAAAAUAUAAAAAUUAACAAUAAUAGCAAUAGUAAUAAUAAUAAUAAUAAUAUGGAACAAAAUGUUUAUAAUACAAUAUAUUUGUGCUCUAUGAAUAAUUGGAAAAAUAUUAUUAUUGAAAAUAUUAUUAAUAUAAUAGAUUCAUUUAUAUAUUAUUCAAAAAAUAGUGUACUUAUUAGCACUUUAUUAAAAUGGUGUGUUAAUAUAUUUUUGGUUGAUAAUAUUUCUUCUAUUAGUUGUGCUUUUAUAUAUUACUUAUUAUUAUAUGAAAAUAGUAGUGAUGUGAUUUUGUCAGAUUUGUCAAAAGAUUAUUUAAAUUUAUAUAAAGAUAUAAAAAUAUCUUUUGAUGAAUAUAUUUAUUUUGUAUCAACAAAAUUAUUUAAUAUGAAGAAUAAAGAUGUAUUAUAUUUUUUAAUAGACAAAGAUCAAUAUGAUGAAAAAAAUAAAACUGUGAUUCUAAACCAAAUUAAUAAAUUAAAUGAAUCUCAUAAUAAUAACAGUCAAACAAAUAGUAUAAAUAAUAAAUAUGAUACAUAUGAUAAUAUUGAUGAAUUUUUGGGUUAUAAUAUUAUAAAUUAUAAUCUACAUAUGUAUAAUGAAAAUAUUUCAAUAGAUGACAUGAAAUCAUUAAUUGAAUAUUCCAAUAAUAAUUAUAGUCGUUUUAAUUUGAUUCAUUUAUAUAAUUUAAUAAAAUAUAUUAAAAAUUUAAAAAUAGACAAAUUUAUACAUAUAGAAAGUAUAUAUUAUAUAUUUUUAAUUAUGGACUUAUAUUUGUUGAAUAUAAUUAAGCUUGAAAGCUAUUUGGAUAAUGAUAAUUAUAUGAUAACAUAUUGUAUUGUUUUUACCUUUUUAAUAAAAAAGAUAAAGAAAUUUUUUAAAAAUCAUGAAAAGAAUGAAGAUAACAAAAUGAUAUAUUCUUUUAAGAAUAUAUCUUUGUUGAAUAGUAAGGUGUAUAUAAUAUAUGAUACAUUAUACAUUUUAAUGAAAGAAAGAUUUAAUUUAAUUAUACAAAAUUUAUUACACAUUAAAAAUAAAAAUAUAACUGAAAAUUGUAAUAGUACUAAUAAUAGUUUGAGGUUAUUAAAAUAUAGCAGCAAAUUUUUAACAAAAGUAUAUAUAUUAACAAAGUUGAAAAAUGACGAAUUAUUUUCUGAUCUUUUAAAUUUCUUAGAUAGAACAAAAUUUGAAGAAAUAUACAAUGUGGAUAACCAAAUGAUUAUAAAAAUAUAUUUUAAUUUAUUAUAUUUUGGUACAAUUAUUAAAAAGGAAAAAAAAUUUGAUGAAAAAUAUUAUGGCAUAUUAGAAAAAGUAACUAAAUAUAUUAUAUAUAUAUAUAAUAAUUAUAUUAAAGAAAAUAUUCCUUUUGAUACUAAUCUUUUAAAAUAUUGUAUUAAAUUUUUGUAUCUAUCUUUUUUUUCUGAAUCAUUUUUAUGUAAUUGGAAUAAUGUACUGAAAAAAUUGAUACAUUCAGAAAUAACAGAUAUUAAUAUUGACAAUGACUGUGCAUUUUAUAGUAUUGUAUUUAUACUAACGUCUAUAGAGAAAUAUAUAAAAUGUAAUAAAAAUGUAAAGGAUACAAACAAUAGGCAUGUUUGUAAUAUAAAUUUGUUAAAAAAUGUUUUAAAAUUAUUAAGUUGUUUUAUAACACUUAAAAAUGAUAAUAUUAAUAAUAUGUUGAAGCAGAAUAUCAAAGAUUGUAUCAUGUAUUAUGAUAUGUUUUCAUUUCAUAAAAUAUAUGGUCUUUAUAUAUCUCACUGUUUUUUAAAACUAGAUCAUAUGAGUCUUCAUAAAUUAUCAUAUAAUUGGUUAGACUAUAUAUUAUUAUCUGAUAAUUUAUUAGACGAUUUAUCUAAAAAUAAUAAGAUUGAAUUAGGAGAAAAGUAUAAAUGUUUAUGUAUAAUUAUGUUUUACAUUAUAUAUUAUAAUCCAUUUUUAGGUUUUAUAAAUGAGCAUGCAUUUAAAAUUAGAGACCUUUUCAUAUAUUAUAUAAAAUUAAAAAGUGAUAUAUAUUCAGAAUAUUCCUUUUUAGGUUUAAGUAUUUUGUUCUUUUCAUUAUCUAUACAACAUCAUAUGAAUAUAAAUAGUAUAUAUUGUGAUAAUGAAAAUAUAUCUUAUUUAGAUUCUUUAAAAAAUGAUUUCCUUUUAUUAAAUGAAAAGAGAAAUAUUGAAAGUAAAACAUUUGAAAAUAAAAAAGGAUAUAAUAUAUUAAAUAAUGUUGUAAAUAAGAAUAAUAUGGAAUAUAUAAAUUUAAUUGACAGAUUUAAUAUGGAUAAUUUUUGUAUGUCUAAUUUUAUUAAAAAGAAAAAUAAAAAAGAUGAUGAAAAAAAAAAUAUGAAUUUUACAAUUAUGGAUAAUGAUUCUUACUAUUUUAUUAAUGAAUUAUCUUGUUUUUAUAAGGAUAGAAUGAAAGAUAAUAUUUGUGAUUAUAAAAUAACAUGUAAUAAUAAUUUAUAUAAUGUGAAUAACAAAAGAGUAACAUAUGAUACUCUUCAUAAUUUUGUAGAAGGAAUUUUGAAUUCAUUUAAAGAUUGUAAUAUUGAUACAUCAUUUUAUAAGAAUUUUUUAAAAAAUAAUAAUGAAAAAGACUUUGAUGAAAAUUUUAUAAAUGAAAUAAAAAAAUUUGAGACUAGAAAAGAUCAUAUUUUGAAAAAUAUAUAUGAAUAUAUUAACAAUGAAAGAAACAUCAAUUUAAUUAAUCAGUAUGUAAAUCUUAGUAAAUAUUGUUAUAAUUAUAUAUAUUUAUUUUUAUUCAUGCAGUAUUCUGAAUUAUUAAUAUAUAAAAAUUAUAAGAAAUUGAAGUAUUUUUUUUUAACUAAAUUGGACAAUAUAAACAUUAAUGAUAAGAACAAUAAUGUGGUAUGUGAAGAAAUAUUUAAAUCAAUAUAUGAAAAGUUAAAAAGAGAUAUAUAUCUACAAAUAGAUAUAGAGAAUAAAAAUAGUUUAGAAUUAUAUAGUAAUAACUCAAAUUUGGAUAAAUAUAUAUAUAAUGUAUCUGAUUUGAAAAAGGUGAAUAAAAAAAUUCAUGAUAUUAUAAAAUAUAUGUACAAGGAGGUUUUAAUAUAUGAUAUAAUGAUUGAAAAAAAUGAUAUGAUGAAAUUUAAUUUUUUUGAAAAUAUAUGUUUAAAAGAUGUCAGUAAAACUAUGAUAAGAAUGAGAAUGGAUUUUUUUAAAAUGAAAAAUGAAUUUCAGUUUUCUAUAUAUGGAAUAAAUUUAUUGAUUAGAGAAUUAGAAAAUUUCUAUUUAAUUAAUAAUGAAAUAAUUAAUGAAGCAAUGUUGAUAUUUUUAAAUGAAUUUCUUAAAAAGAUAAAUUUAAAGGAAAUAUUUUGUAUAAUUAUUGAUUAUUUUUUAUGUUUUAUAUGUAGAAUUAUUGAUACACAUAUGAUGAAUCUAAAAAUGUGUAUACCAUUUUUGAAUACAUUUAAAAGUGUGUGUAUGAAAUUUUGUGAUAAUGUGUUAAAUGAAAAGGAGAAUAAUGCAGAUGAUACUAAAAUGUUAAUGUGUUUUGAAAGAUAUAAUAUGGAGACAACUCAUCAAAAUAAUAAUAUAAAUAAAAAUAACAACAAUAACAAUAAUAACAAUAAUAUGAAGAAUGAUUACAGUUGUGGUAAUACAACUUAUGGUGAUAUCAAAAACAUUGAUGAAAGAUGUAUUUGUUCUAUAUUACUAGGAUGGUAUGAAAAAAUAGAAGGUAAUAAAAAAUCAGAGCUAUUUAUAACAGAUUGUAUAAAUAGCUGUAUCUUAUCAUCUAAUAAUUCUUUUUUUGAAUUAAGAAAUAUACAAGAUUUAUUAUUUUUUUAUAUAAAGAAUAGUGAAAAAAUUGAAAAUGACUAUAAUGAUUUAAAAAUUGAAGAAACUAAAAAGGAUGAAAUUACAAUAAAAUAUAAAGAAAAAGAAAUAUAUUUUUCUAAAUUGCUUAGAUAUAAUAAUUUGGAAAAACAAAAAGCUGCUAUUGAAAAAAUAGUAUCAUAUUAUAAAAAUGUAUUAAAUAUUGAAGAGGAUAUAAAAAAUAUAUUAAAUAAUAUAUUAAUAAAAGUUUCAAUUGUAAAUAGUAAAUAUAUAUUAAGCACUUUAUGUUAUAUCAUUAUAAAAUUAAUAGAUAGAUAUGAAAUAUUAUCUGGUGAUAUAUAUAUGAAUGUUCAUAUAUGUAUUAUAUCCUUUGAAUUAUUGUCUAUAUUUAUAUCAAAAAAUAUUCAUGUCAAUUAUUUAAUACAUAUAAAUGAAUUAUUAUAUUAUUUAAUACAUAAAGUGCCAUUUUAUUAUUACACCAAAUUUGUAUACUUUAAUUUAUUAAAAGAUUAUUUUGAUAUAAAUUUAAAUUUUAAGGAUAUUCAAAAUGUAAGAAAUUAUUGUAGUUCUGUUGUUUUAUAUUUAUUAAAAAAACAUUACCUUCUUGAUAUAUAUGAAAAACAUAUUUUUAGGGACAACAAAUCUGUUGAGAAUAUUACAAUGUAUGAACAAAUAAUAUUAUUGAAAAAUGUAAGUGAAAAGAUAAAAGAUCUGUUUCAAAAAAAAGAAUAUAAUUUAAAUGAAUUUCUUUUAUAUUUAAAAGGAAAAAAUAUUCAGAAGGAUGAACUAUUACAUAAUAAUGAUGAUAUUGAUAAAAAUUAUAAAUCUAUAUGUGAUUCAUUUUUAAAUAUAUGUGAUAAAUUAGACAAGGUAGAAUUAUUAGACUGUAACUUCAUUUGUGAUAUUAAAAGGAGAGAAGAUCUUCAACAUGAUGAGAAUUAUUUAUAUAUUGAAAAUUUUAUUUUAAAAGCAAUAAAAGACAAAAUAUAUGAAAAUAAACAUUAUAUAAAUAUUAUAAAGGAUGAAAAUAUUGAAGUAUUUGUAAUAGAAAACAUGAUAAAUUUUAUGAAUAUAAAAAUGAAGGAUAUUUUAAAUAUGGAGAUAGAAAAGAAGAAAUUAUUUAAUGAAGAAAAUAAAUUAUUUUUAAAAACGUUGGAAUCAAAAAUGCUUGUAAGAAGUUUUAUUUUAAGAAAUGUGCAAAAGAAUGAUGAUAAUAAUUAUUAUAAAGAUAUAUAUGAUAUAUUACAAAAAAGAAAUAUGUUUCAUUUUUAUAAAUUUUUUAAUGAUUAUAUUGAAGAAUUUCUUCAUUUUCUUGAUUCCCAAUUUUUAAAAGAUAAAAAGGGUUGUUUCAUGUCAAUAUAUGUAUUUGUGCAAUCAUUUGUUGAUAUAUAUAAAGAAGAUAAUUAUGAUGAAUUGGAUAUUGAAAAUAUAAAGAAUGUUAUAAAUUUAUAUAGAAAAAUAAAGGAUGUGAUGGAUGAAAAGGACUAUAUACAAUCCUUUGAUAAUUAUUAUAUUCUUUUGUCAUUAUUAAAAUGUGUAAACUUAUUAUUAUUAUUAAUAUAUAACAGUAAUAAUAAAAUAAAUCAUAAUAAUAAAAUGCAUUGUUGUGAUAAAGCAUAUGUUUCGUCCAGUUAUUUAAAUUAUGUCCAUGUUUUUGAAAAGAAUAACCUUUCUUUUAAUAUGAAUGAAAUCUAUAAAACAUAUGAAGAUCUAUUAUGCAUUUUUUGUAAGGUUAAAGAAUAUGAAAUAUUUCAACAUAUGUAUAUUUUUAUAUUUAAUAUCCCAUCAAUUUUUAUAGAAAAUUUUAAUUUUGUAAAAUUAUAUGAAUGUAUUGUUAAAUUAAUGGAUGCCUAUUUUAGAAAAAAGGAUAUACAUUCGGAUGAAAUAAUUAUUUAUGAUAAUAAUUUUUUACUUCAUUUUUCGAAACUUGCAUUAUGUGUUUUUUCUUAUUUCUUAAUAAAAAAGGACAAGAAUAAGUGGUUACAUUUUUACAACUUUGAAUAUUUAAAUAAAUAUAUCAAAAUAGAAAAGCUGAAUGAUUAUACAUUUUGUUUAGAUAAGAUACAAAAUGAAAAUUAUUCUAAUAGAAAUAAUCAUACAAAUUAUCAUUAUAUUUUUUUACAUGAAUAUAUCAGAAUAAAUGAGGAUAAAAUGGGAAUUAAUAUAUCAUUAAUGAGGAGUAAAGAAAAAACAGUAAAUAAUGAAAUACAAAAAAAUAAUGAUAUGAAAAUAUUGGAUAAAUAUGAAGAAUAUAUGUAUGAUAAUAAUAUUCUAGAAGUUAAUAGAGAAAGUUAUUUAAAUAUACAAGAGAAGUUUUUCAAUUUUUUAACUAAAUUAUUGUUCAUCUUAUUUGAAUAUUGUAAAGAUAAUAACACUAAAGAUAACAUUAACAUUAACAAUAACAAUAACAAUAAUAGUAGUAGUAAUAAUAAUUAUAUUAAUAUGAAUAGUAAUAAUAACAUUUUAGGUAUAAUAAAAUCCUUUUUUCAUUUUAUGUUCUAUAAUAAGAUAUAUUUAUUUGAGAUAGGCAAUAUAGAUAUAUGGGAAAAGAUAUAUAACUACAUUUAUUUAUUAAUUAUAAAAUGUAGAAGUAGAAAGGUUUUUGACAGUUUAAUGGAUAUACUAAAUAUAUUAUUAUGUAUAUAUAAUUCAUAUAGUUAUGAAAAUCAAAAUGAUAGAACUAUAUAUACGAAUAUAAAAAUAAAAGAACUUACUAAAUUUAGGGAUAAUAAAGAAAACAAACAAAAUAAUGAAUAUGAUUAUAUAUUUUACAAUGAUGAUAAUGACGAUAAUUAUAUGACAAGUACAAUUAAUUUUCUUUUUAUUGUAUUUUUUAAAUUUUCGGAAAGGUCUAAAUUAUUUGUUUUCCCAGAUUAUAUUAUGAACAAUUUGAAAUAUGCCAUUUUGUUGAAUUAUCCUAAUUUCUUAAUAUGA